CUUUGGAGGGAGAAGCUCAGGAGGAUUCUGACAGCAUCUUUGUGGAGAAGACAGAAGAGCUUUCAAAAUAGAAACCACAGCUCCUCCUGCUGCCUUUCUUUCCCACCUGCGACUCCCACACCGAUAGCAAGAUGUGUAAGGGACUUGCAGGUCUGCCGGCUUCCUGCCUAAGGAGUGCAAAGGACAUGAAACAUCGGCUGGGGUUCCUGCUGCAGAAGUCUGAUGCUGGUGAACAUAGUUCAUCCCACAGCAGGAAGGACAGAGGGGUUGUUAGCCAGAGGGCGAGCCAAGAGGAAGUCAAGAAAUGGGCUGAAUCACUGGAAAACCUGAUUAGCCAUGAAUGUGGGCUGGCAGCUUUCAAAGCUUUCUUGAAGUCUGAAUUCAGCGAGGAAAACAUUGACUUCUGGGUCAGCUGUGAAGAGUACAAAAAAAUCAGGUCACCCUCUAAGCUAAGUCCCAAGGCCAAGAAGAUUUAUAACGAGUUCAUCUCAGUUCAAGCAACCAAGGAGGUGAACCUGGACUCUUGCACCCGGGAGGAGACAAGCCGGAACAUGAUCCAUCCUACCAGAACCUGCUUUGAUGAAGCUCAGAGGAAGAUUUUCAACCUUAUGGAAAAGGAUUCUUAUCGCCGGUUCCUCAAGUCCCGAUUCUAUCUUGAUUUGGUCAAUCCUUCCAGCUGUAGGGCAGAGAGGAAGAAAGGAGCCAAGAGAUUGGCAGACUGCACUCACCUGUUCCCCCAGUAUGCCUAAUUCUCAUUGGAGGCAGAGAGCUGACAUACUAAGACUCUAUGCUUUGGAAAUUCUGAGGCCAAAUAUUGAUCUCUAUAAAGCACCAAUGCUUUAUCCACAUUGUAGCCUAAGUGUUCAUGCUGUCUGCCAUGUGUGAGUCACUUCCAUGUACAAAUCAAUUCAGUCACGGUGGUCUGGUGUUCACUGGGGUGGGAUCCUCUUCUAGUCCAGUUUGCCCUAGUUUCCUUUAGGAUGACAUGCGAGCGAGUAUUCAAAUAAUGACCUUGUAGGCCUGGAUUCUCGAAGACUGUUGGCAGCUCUCCACUCCCAACAGUCUGACUUCAUGUUGGUUAAUGGAUACACCCCAUGUAACAUCUAUGUGCAUGUGUAUUCGGUUAGCCAGUACUUCCUACAGAGUCUCAGUGUUUAGGGGAGGUGGCUAUGUAUGUGUGUGGAUGUAUAUAUGUUAAAUGUAUAUACUAUAUACAUAUACAUUCCUUAUAUAUUCUAUCUAUGCUUUCAAACUGUGUGUGAUACACACACUCAAUCUGCAAGAAUAGUUGGGAGACCAUAGGUGCUCAAAUUAGAGAGUAUAUAUGCAAUUCCAUGCAAAUGAGGGUGGCUCUUCAAUAUUGCAUUCAAACAAGGCAAAUUGAACUGACUACCAUUCAAACUGAGAGAGAGAGGUGGAUGCUAACUUCUGGGAAGUUGGUUCUUUAAAAAUCACUGAGUCUUGGGGAAUCAUUGGGGAAGAAUCUAAGGGACUUCAUGCUUCAUUUAAUGGCUGGUGGUCUUCACACUGAGUACUAUUGUAAGGAGCACAUACCAUAAAGAAUCAUACAGCCGCUGACACAAAACUGUCUUGCAUUGGUUAUCACUGUUAAGUCCCUCUGCUGCUGCCUUUUCUUCUUCGCCUGGGCACUCAAAACCUGUGUGUCUCAAAAGCUGGAUUGGUCUGGAGUUGGGAGGGGGGAGGCUUGAGCUAAGAAAUGUAGUCCUGGCACUGCCGGCUAGCCCUGUCAUCUGUAACUGGCUAAGCAAGAGCACAGAACUAUGUUACUAUCCUCUGUCCUCUUUUUCUUUCUUGAUUAAGGUGCUCUUCUCAUAUUUCCCUGAGAACCUUAGCCAACAGAUGAGAUCAUUGUGGUUGCUUAUUUUGUUGUUGUUGUUUUUCCCCUCAUAAGGGUUCUAGGCUCUAUGCCUACAUUACAGAGCAGGGGAAAGGUGAUACUUUAUAAGGGGAAAUCAAGUUUUCACGAACUGAGAAGCUCUCCUAAGUUUUCUCUCUGAAGGUAAAAUCUCAUUCAUUCCAUAGCAAACAUCAGGGCUAGCAGAGACUGAGAGCAUUUCUUUCUAGGCUCAGAGAUUAAAGGAGGAAGAAAGAAAUAGAGAGAGGAAAGAGAAAGGAAGAAAGAAAAAAAGAAAGAGAAAGAAAGAAAGGAGAGGGAAGAGAGAAAGAAAGUUGUUAGAACUAUUGUUUGGAACUUUUCAAGGCAAAUGAAAUACUUGAAAAAUUCUCAUUUAUGUUAUUUAUGCUGUUGUUUUGUACAAUGUUUUUUAAAAAAAUUAUUGUAUUGUUUUAUAAAUGGAGAUACAGAAUAUCACCUGAAUUAUGAAUGAAUGCCCAGGAAGUAAUUUCCUUCUCAUUCUUCUAAAACAACUGCCUUUGAAGUGCCCAUACUCAUGCAUACAUACACACACUGUAUCCAAUGUUCAAGUACAAGUUACAUGUAGAAGCACCUUUGUGGCUUUUAGCCAAUGUGUGGAGCUGCAAAAUGAAGAUGCUAGAGUGUGUGUAUACAAGUCUCAUGGCGUCAAAGUUGUAAAGGUUCUAACUUACCCUUUCUGUCUGGCAAACUUACUUUCCAUGUCCCUAGAGUUCCUCAUCAAGUUCCCUCUUUUGUUAUCCAACACAUCCCUGUCUCCAGUUGACUCUAGAAUCCAAACAGACGACUUUCUGGUCUUUCCCUACUAUGAUAGUCAGAACUUUCAGAUUGUACCUGUACUCAUCAACUCCUGUCUCACAAAUAGAUCUGGAAGGUCACUCUGAAUGAGAAGUAAAUUAUUUUAUGUAAUACA